GGACAUUACUACUCUCGACAGACUAUGUGGACUGGGUGCGAGGUCCUGCAAGCAACUGCACGCAAUGGUGGUCUAGUGCACUUCAGCAAGAUGCGAUGGCAGCGACCAGCCUCAGCUGCAGGCUUUGCUUUUGGAGCGCCUAGCCGCAGACCGGUCUGUGCGCGACGUGUAUUCUCAACAGCGAAACGAACGAAACGAGGAAUAGGAGAAAGCGGCGGAACCACUUUGAGCAGAUCAUCGGCAGCAGCAGUUGAAGCCGCGGCAGCGGCGGCGCCUCCAACACAGGCGCAGCUACGAACGCUUUUCAUGCACUCCGCGGCGCCGAUGGUUGGGUUUGGCAUAAUGGACAAUUUUGUUAUGAUCAGUGCUGGCGACCUCAUCGACAAUACUCUAGGGGUGAAGUUUGGGCUGGCGACGCUGACCGCAGCGGCUUGUGGUCAAGUGGUGAGCGACGUGUGCGGUGUUUGCUUCGGAGGCACAGUGGAGGCCUUCGCGACGAGGAUGGGGCUGCCUGCCCCUGACCUUACGCUGAGACAACGGGGGCUCCGGGCGUGCAAGCUGGCGGCGACGUCGGGAGCUGCUUGUGGGGUCGUUGUGGGGUGCAUCCUGGGGAUGGGUACGCUCCUCUUCAUGGACACCACCCACGCUGAACGGGAAAAAAAGCAGCGAGAGAUGGACUCGCUGUUCGCCACCAUCCUCGACGACGGGCACAACAUCGUCGGUGCGGCCAAGUGCUCCUUGUUUUUCGUCGACGAGGCAGAAGGAGAGCUGUGGACCAAGGUUGCCACCGACAACGACGGAGAGAUCAAGACGGGCAAGCUGAUAACGAUCCCGAUCACGACAGGGAUCGUUGGCGAGGUGGUCAGGACGAAGAGGCUGCUCAACGUCGCUGACACGUCGAAGAACACAAACUACUACCAGGGAGUGGACCUCGCGAUGAAGACAACAACACGGAAUAUGUUGGCGGUGCCGGUAAUGAGCCGUAGUGACGAAAAGGACGACGGAAAAGUAAUCGCGGUAAUUGAGAUGAUGAACAAACCGGAGGGCUUUGACGAGAACGACGAGAAACUGGUGGGGAUGCUUGCCGCCCACGUGGGGGCCUUCAUGGGACAGGUAUCGGAGGGAAGGGCGGGCCGACACGAGUACGGCGAAGCCGUGCCCUUGCGGCGCUUGCCCACCCCGAAGAACUGACCAGGUCACGUCGGCAGGACGUUAACGUUAAACCCCAAGUGUAUUACAGUCGUUCCCGCUUUAAAGCCACUGGUGGUGGUCCUUUCAAAAUCAAUGUCGUUAGAAUCCCCCCCCCCGCCCCUGUUGUUUUGACAUCCUGCGGGGCUCCAUGCUUCUGAAAAACAUUGCAGUGGAGUGCAUCUGUUCUGCGGGGAGCCGUAGUGUUUGUGUCCUUCGAGCAGGAAAGAUCGUACCCUGGUGUGCUCAGACUAUAUGUGCCGCCGAUUGCUGCGCUGGAAGCGCCAUGUAAUCUCGUUUGUUCAAGAGUGCUACUUGUUCCGCAAUGAAUUGGCGGUCUUUGCAUCUUGAUGGUUGGAAAAUGCGUGCUAGUUGGCCUUGGGUGGUGUUGUGUACAAUUCCUGUGUGAUAACGCUCUUUGAAGUCCUAGUGUACAUCUGACCGUAGAUCCCGUAAAUGAGUGUUGUCCUCGAGAGCUGGGCCCUGCGAGGUAGAUCGCUACUUGAUAGCAGUUGCCCUCCCGCAAACGACGUCGUGCGGGAAGAGGUUUGUUUGCCACCUGUAGGUCGAUGUCGACAAUUAAUUUAUAGCCCUCUUAUUUUUAUCGUGUACGGGUUGAGAGUGAGACAAGUCCGCCCUGCUGCCCACAUUCGUUCACAGUACACCGGCAAUCAGCACUGCCGGCCUUGAGAGGAGGGCGAGGCAGACGGUGCAUGA